AUGAUUAGAUUCUUCACCACGAUGACCAAGAAAGCCAAGGCACAGGAAUUCCUCCUCAAGACCCCAAAAGGUACCAAGGAUUGGGCCGACAAGGAUAUGAUUAUCAGAGAAUCCAUCUUUGGUAAAUUGUCAACAAUUUUCAAAAAACAUGGUGGGGUGACUAUUGAUACACCAGUGUUUGAAUUGAGGGAAAUUUUGACCGGAAAAUAUGGUGAGGAUUCGAAAUUGAUUUAUAAUUUGGAGGAUCAAGGUGGUGAGUUGACCUCUUUGAGGUACGAUUUGACUGUGCCUUUUGCAAGAUUUGUUGCAUGCAAUAACUUGAGCAGUAUCAAGAGGUACCACAUUGCCAAAGUAUACAGAAGAGAUCAACCUGCAAUGACAAAGGGAAGAAUGAGAGAGUUUUACCAGUGUGAUUUUGACAUUGCUGGUACAUAUGAUUUAAUGGUUCCCGAUUCGGAGAUUUUAAACAUUCUUUGUGAAGGGUUGAAUGAGUUGAACAUUAAGGAUUAUAAAGUUAAAUUGAACCAUCGUAAGAUAUUGGAUGGUAUUUUUGAAGCUUGUGGGGUGCCGGAAGAGGACAUUCGUAAGGUUCCGUCAGCAAUUGAUAAGUUGGACAAGUCUCCAUGGGAGGCAGUCAAGAAGGAAAUUUUAGAAAAAGGACAGAGUGAAGAAAUUGCUGACAAGAUAUGGACUUUUGUUCAACAUAGUGGAUCAAUUCGUGAGGUUAUUGACAUUUUGAGGCAAAGCGGAAUUGACAACGCAACAGCGCAACAGGGUAUACAAGAAAUGGAAGUGUUGGCUGAUUAUGUCGAAGCUUUCAAUAUCCAAGAUAAUCUCAAGUUCGACUUGUCUUUGGCAAGAGGGUUGGAUUACUACACUGGACUUAUCUAUGAAGCAGUCACCGCUGCUAGUGCACCACCAAAGAAUGCAAGUGAGUUGAAAAAGGAAGCCAAGGGAGAAGAUGAAGAUGCAUCAGCCUAUGUUGGUGUUGGAUCGAUUGCUGCAGGUGGUCGUUACGACAACUUGGUUGGUAUGUUUUCAAAUAAUAAAUCUAUCCCAUGUGUUGGUAUUUCCUUUGGUGUCGAGAGAUUAUUCUCUAUCAUCAAACAAAGAACAGACUUGUCGAAACUCAACUCACAACACACUGAUGUCUACGUUAUGGCUUUCGGUGGUGGCGAAGGUUGGAAUGGAUUCUUAAAGGAGAGAAUGCACGUUACCAACCAAUUAUGGAAGGCGGGCAUCAAUGCCGAGUUCUUAUACAAAGCCAAAGCCAACACGCGUAAACAAUUUGAUGGUGCUGAAAAAUCUGGUGCCAAACUCGCCGUCAUUUUAGGUAAAGAAGAGUACCCAGAAGGGAAAAUUAGGGUCAAGAAGCUAGGCCAAGGUGAAGAGAAUGAAGGAGAUGUCAUGCCAGUUGAUGAGAUGGUAUCAUUUGUAAAGUCGCAACUACAAGUUGAUGCUGUCACAGAAGCUCUUGGUAAUUUGUAA